UCGCCCCAUAGAGCUCAUAAGCUAUCUACCUCAUGAAUAUGUAGCACUCGAUUUGCGUAAAGAGGAGGUCGGGCGACGGUCGGGUGUUGCGCAUACAUACACAGACGGAGCUUUGCUAUACAUUUCUGCGUAAAUGAGACGCAUAGCGGCGUCUCCGCCCUCGCGCGCGUACGUACGUCAAGCUCGGUCUCGAGCUUCCCUUCUUCUGCCCGUCCGUCCGUUAGGCUAAAGGUUGACGUUGACGGUUUUUUUUUUUUGUUUGUUUUUUAAACCGACUCCGAUGUGCGGCAGAGUGACGGCGCCGCGCAGACGGCGUGCAGCUCGUGCGUGCGUCGGUACACGGCGCUGAGGCGGACGCGAGAGCGACGGAAGAGAUGGACGGCGCGAGGCUGGCGGAGGGAAACUUCUGGAAAUCCGCUUCAGAUCAGAAUAAUAAGUUGAGGAGUCCGAGCGGUAACGGUGGAGGUGAUGGUGAUGAUGGCGGAGGGAGACAGACGACGGCUCCGCCGCGGGUAGACCUCCUUAACGGUAACCGCGGCGCGCAGUUGAUCCUGGGCGGCAAGGCGGCGCUGAAAUCCUCGAAGAGCGCUCGCGCGUUCACCGGCAGCUCCAACUCGCUGCUGUUAAAAAGGCGGCGGCUGAAGAGGAACCUCUCCGCCACCGCCGCCACGGGGAAGAUGACCCCGGUCCCGGUGCCGCCGCCCCCCUCCUCCUCCUCCACCUCAUCGACGCUGGACCGCAAGACGCUGCUGAAGCGCCGGCAGAACGCGCAGCUGCAGCCCGCAGACCGGCAGUGGAUCCGCGCCGACCUGCACCGCGGCUCGGUCCACGUCCACGACCAGCUGUCGCCCUGCAGUCCCCCGAGGCCCGUCCUGUGCACCCAGGAGACCACGGCGUCCGAGAUCGCCCUGCGUCUGCUCCAGCUGGGCGGCUCCGUGGUGCGGAUCGGGCCGAGACCUCACCCGGCCGCGGACGUCAACGGGAACUGUCAAUGUCCUCAGGAUGUCGUCGGGGACAUGGGGUCGGGGCCGGGCGACAGGUUGAGACUUUUGCUUUUACAGACGGUUCCUGACGUGGGACUGUUCUCGCCCCGUUCGGAUUCAGACGUCUUGGACGGCUCGCGUACGCGGAAUGACGACGACGACGAUGACGACGACGACGACAAUGAUGACGAGGGAGCGGGCGGCCGUGUCCGGAACUCCGUCUCGGACGACGAGCUCAGCUCUAAACUCGGCGAGCACCGGGACUCCCUGAGCGACGACAUGGUGUUAGGGACGGACGCGUCCGCACUGAGUCCGGCGUUUGACAGCGCCACAGAGGGACUCGACACGUACGGGAGCUCGUCAGACGAGCUCGAACUGGAGGGCCCUCCGGGCGGCGGCGGCGUUGACCCCGACACCGAUCCCGUCCUUCCGGGGCUGGAUAACUUCACUGACGACGUUAAGGACCGGCCAGAGAAAAUGAGCCUGACUUCGGAUUCCGUAUCGAAGCUGGGCGACGAGCCCGACCCUCCGACGUCCCGGUCCCGGGUCGGCUCUUCGUCCUCUGAGCGCGACUCUUCCCCGGCGCUGUACGUGCAGCUGCACGGGGAGGCGGCGCGUCGGCUCGCCCCGGACGAACGGCCGCUGCAGCUCCAGAACGACUUCCUUUUCAAGCUCGGCUUUAAGGACCCGUGGCGUGUCCAGGAGGAAGGCAUGAACACCGAGUUGGGGUCCCUGCUGCGCUUCUACGCAGGCAAGCCGUACAACGUGGCCAGUUCGGAGCGCGUGCAGCUCUCCGGGACGUACAACGUACGCAAAGGCAAACUGCAGCUGCCCGUCAACCGCUGGAGCCGCCGGCACGUCAUCCUGUGCGGCACGUGUCUGAUGGUGUCCUCGAUCAAAGCCAGCCACGCCGGCAAAAUGCACAUCCUGCCCCUGAUCGGGGGAAAGGUAGAGGAGGUGAAGAAACACAGCCACUGUUUGGCCUUCAGCUCAGCCGGACCUCAGAGUCAGACCUACUACAUCAGCUUCGACAGCUUCACAGAGCACCUGCGCUGGCACCGUCACGCCGCCAAGAUGGUGUCCCAGAGGAUCAGUUCAGUGGACCUGUCGUGCUGUAGUUUGGAGAAACUUCCCCCCAACUUGCUCUACAGCCACGACCUCACUCACCUCAACCUGAAACACAACUUCCUCCCCGCCGACGGCUCGCUGCAGCAGCUUCAGAGGUUCUCUCGGUUACGGAGUCUGAACCUGUCCAAUAACCAGCUGGGAACGUUCCCCCUGGCGCUGAGCUCCAUCUCCACCCUCACCGAGCUCAACCUCAGCUGCAACUGCAUCAGCGAGCUCCAUCCCAGUGUGGGCAACAUGACCAAUCUGCAGACGUUGCUGUUGGACGGGAACACGUUGUCGGCGUUGCCGGAGGACUUGGGCUCGCUGCAGCGUCUCUGCUACCUCGGUCUGUCCUUCAACGAGUUCAGCGGCGUCCCGGCCGUCCUGGAGAGACUGAGCGCCGUCGAGCGCCUCUGCAUGGCCGGGAACAGAGUGGAGCAGCUCGAGCUGCAGACCUUCCGCCUGCUGAGCAUCAAAUACGUCGACCUGCGGCUGAACCGGAUCUCCAGCGUUCUGCCGGACGAGCCGGACUUCCUGCGCCACGUGACCCAGCUGGACCUGCGGGACAAUCGCCUGAGCGAACUGGACGCCUCGCUCUUUCCUCGUCUGGAGGUGCUGCACUGCCAGAGAAACCGCAUCUCACGGCUACGGCUCCGAGGCAGCACGCUCAAGGCCCUGUACGCCUCCAACAACGAAAUUCGGGAUCUGGAAGCGAGUCCAAUCACGUCCAAUCUCACCUACAUGGACAUUUCAAGGAAUUGUCUGGAAGUGUUACCGGCGUGGCUGAGUGACAGCAAGAAGCUGGAGGUGUUGGACGUCAGUCAUAACUAUAUCAGAGAGCUGCCCCAGUGGCUGUUUUGCAGCAGCAGCCUGAGAAAGAUCCUGGCAGGCCAUAACCGUCUGCAGCGUCUGCCCGAGCGAGUGGAGAAGCCCGCGGUGGAGGUUUUAGACGUUCAACACAACCAGCUGGUCGAGCUGCCGUGUAACCUCUUCCUUAAAUCCAGCAGUUUAAGGUGCCUAAACGCCUCGGCCAAUAAGCUCGAGAGUCUGCCGCCCUCCAGCCUAUCGGACGAGAGCAACAGCAUCCUGCAGGAGCUCUACCUGACUAACAACCACCUGACCGACAAGUGUGUGCCUCUGCUCACCGGACACACACACCUGAGAGUCCUGCACAUGGCCUACAAUCAUCUGCAGACCUUCCCUGCUAGUAAAAUGGCGAAGCUGGAGGAGCUGGAGGAAGUGGACCUGAGUGGGAACAGGCUGAAGGCCGUGCCCACCACCAUUCUGAACUGCAGGCGCAUGCACACACUCAUCGCUCACUCUAACACCAUCGAGGUAUUCCCCGAGGUCAUGCAGCUCAUGGAUAUGAAGUGUGUAGAUCUGAGCUGUAACGAGUUAGUGGAGAUCACACUACCUGAGAACCUGCCUCCUAAACUGCAGGAGUUAGACCUGACUGGAAACCCGCGCCUCAACCUCGACCACAAGACUCUGGAACAGCUCAACAACAUCCGUUGUUUCCGAAUCGACCCGCCCCCUGCUUCAUUCUCAGCCAAUGAGGCUGCAAGUGGGCCGGCUGUCUGGAGUCACGGCUACACCGAGGCGUCUGGAGUGAAGAACAAACUGUGCGUGGCAGCCCUGUCAGUGAGCAGUUUCUGCGGCAGUAGAGAAGCACUGUACGGUGUGUUUGACGGAGACAGGAACGUCGAGGUGCCGUACCUCCUGCAGUGCACCAUGAACGACAUCCUGGCCGAGGAGCUGCACAGAACCAAAAGCGAGGAGGAUUACAUGACCAACACCUUCCUCGUCAUGCAAAGGAAGCUGGGCACAGCUGGGCAAAAGUUGGGCGGUUCAGCUGUUCUGUGUCACAUCAGGCAUGACCCCACCGACCCAGCGGGCUGCUUCACGCUCACCGCGGCCAACGUGGGGAAGUGUCAGGCAGUGUUGUGUCGCGAUGGUAAAGCCCUGCCACUGUCGCUGCUGCACAACAUCGGUCUGGAGGAGGAGUACAACCGCAUACGGCAACACAAAGCCAUCAUCACCGAGGAUAACAAAGUAAACGGCGUGACUGACUCCACACGGAUCAUGGGCUACUCCUUCCUGUACCCGGCUGUGCUGCCGCGACCGUACGUGCACACACUCCCACUUACACCACGGGAUGAGUUCUUCAUCUUGGGCAGCCGUGGCCUGUUUGAGGCAUUGGAGCCUGCUGAGGCUGUCGAGGCUGUGCGCAAGGUUCCAGAUCCUCUCGCCGCUGCCAAAAAACUGUGCACUCUUGCUCAAGCGUACGGUUGCACCGAAAGCCUGAGUGCCGUGGUGGUGCAGCUAAGCGUGACUGAGGAUUGCUGCUGCUGCUGCUGCUGUUCAUCCUCUAGUGGCCUCCACUCUACCCCACAGCCACCUCCCAGUCCUGGUCCCGGCGCGGGCCUCUAUCCGCCCUCAGCUGGCGUGCCACCCUCCUCUUGCAGCGAGAUCAGCUCCGAGGUCAGCGCCUCGGAGAUGAGCUCGGAAGUCGGGUCCACCGCUUCCUCAGACGAACCUCCGAUCCUGCUCCAGGAGGCACACCUGCAUCUUCACCAACCUGCAAAUCCAAACCCAAACCCACGUCUGCUCUCCUGCUGCUCUCUUCACCCGACACCGACUUUAUCUGCCAUCACGGCCGGUAAUUCCAGCUCCUUUCAGCGUCAGCUGUCAAGUGCUACUUUCUCCAGUGCUCUGUCCGAUAACGGCCUGGACAGCGAGGAUGAAGAGCCCAUUGCCGGCGUCUUUUCCAAUGGCAGCCGUCUUGAAGUGGAAGCUGACGUCCAUUGCUUGCGCCUCCUGGCACCUCCACCGCCUCCUCCUCCAAGCACCCCCGAAAUUCCAGACGACGUGGUACCCCUGGAAGCAGAAACGAUCCCGCUCACUAAUGAGCCUGAGAAAGAAGGCAGGCAAUGCGAGAAACUAGGCAACAACGCAACAGCCGAAGCAGGGAGCAAAACCCUGUCUCGCAGGAGAGGCAACGGCUCAGUGGCUCCCCACGAGACGAGCCACAACCUGAUCGAAGUGGCAGCCGAUGCCCCGUCUAAGAAGUCCGGCGGGUAUUUCACAGCCCCGGCGAUGCCUGACCCUGACGACCAGCUCAUCAUUCCACCCGAGCUAGAGGAGGAAGUGAAGGAGAUAAUGAAACAGCAUCAGCAGGAGCAGCAGAAGCCCAAUAAGAGCGAGCAGCCCGCUGAUUACUACGACACGCCGCUGUGAUAGCACAGCAUGGUGUUCCUAUCCCAGGCUCGGAGAGCCUCUUGCACUGAACAGUUCAGUGUUUUCCCUGCUGAUUGCACAGAGUGUGUGUGAGUGUUAGCAGAUUAGCUGAGCCAGGUGUUAUUUGAGAAAACAUUAGCACUGUUAAGGUAUUUUCCUAGGACUGAGACUGGAAAACCCAGUUGUAUUUGCCAGAGUAUACUUUAAGUAUUUGAGAAAACAAAUAAUUGGAAAAUUAGGCAAAUUGGUUGUAUGAACUACUUGCCCUCUAGCAUGACGUUUAUCUGCUACAUGAACAACACAUCUGUUUAUUUCAGGUUAGUUCCUGUCAACAGUAUCAUUGCCUCUGUAUGUAUUCAUAAUAUUUCGAGUUUGUUUUGUAUAUAAUGAGUAAACGGUUUGAAAGUUUCCUUUCAAUUUUCCCCAGCCGACUUUAUUUAGGCCACAAGUCCAGGAGACAAUUAUUAGUUGCGUGGCCAAAAAUUUUGUGUGAACUUGCAUCCAUGAGGUAACGUUGUGGAAGGGUAAUUUGUUGCCUCCAGUCAAUUAUUUAUUUGAGAAUUUGUGUAUCCAUGAAGUGACCCAGUCCAAAGAAGUUCUUGGGUAUCUUACUUCCUGUGGACACAAAAGUCUUAGUCAACUAAUUUCUCUCCUACUCAUUUAAAAAAUACAAAUAGCUCGGGGAUGGGGGAAUCACCAGGGACCAAGAUUCGAAUUGUAUUGCGAUUCUGUCAAAAUCACGUUUUUUUAAAUGUCUCGAUUUAAUAUUAAACUUUCAGAUUUUGUUACAAUACAAAACAAACUCGGGAAAUAAUUUGCUCCUACCACGUUGGAUGCUGUGCUGUGGGAAUAGUUUAGAGCGCACCACCUUCAGGAUUAUAUAGGAACAUGCAACAAUGAAAUCGAUCUUGUGGCCUAAGUAAGUUAAUUCAUAGCCAAAUGUUGAUUGAGUGGGUUUAAUUAAUAAUAAUAAUAAUAAUAAUAAUAAUAAUGAAUAGGCUGAUGAUGCCACUAUUCUGACUCAAGUUACUGAUUAAUUAUUCUUCGUCUGACAACUAAACGGUUACAGAAACUUUAAUAUUGUGACCGAGAUGUUCAAAAACAAAAAAGUAACAAUAAAUGUUUAACACUACUACAGAGGCAAUGAUUUCAUGCUAUUGACAAGCUAACAGGAAGUAAACCUGAUGCUUGUAGAUCAGAUAAACGUCGCACUAAAUCGUGAAAAUAAUCUCUAGACCUCUAGACAUGGCAGCUCUCCAUCGACUUCAUCCAAGAUCCAUCUUAGCCACAACACGCCUACACACAAUGUUCAGCACCAUCGCCAUCGUCCUUGUUGUCACACCUCAUCCACAGCAAUGCACAGAUCCGUGUUUCCUGCAGUCCAAACCCAUAGGAAGCCCUUUUUUUUUUUAUAUUUCCUCCCCGUGAGCCGACCAACAGCACGUCAGAGUAUCCCUUUAAGAGACUCCAGCACCCGACUUGCACACUACUGUGCUGCCCCACCCCUUUAAGAGCUCAGAUCAGCCGACUACUGACCUACUGACUGUUUAGUGUUUAUUUUUCGUUUUAAAAAAAAAAAGAGUUCAACACUAGUCUUGCGAAGUUAUAACGCAUUACCACUUGACAGAAUUGUGGAUUUGUUUCUUUUUCCUUUUUUGUUUUUCUUUUUACCAUAUCUUUUUUAUAUGAGGAAACACUGCAAAAGACUUUUACAAGAAAUGAGGAAAAAUAAACCCAAGAGGCAAAGCGCAGAAUCGUUUUGUUCGAGAAGGUGAUGUGUAGUGCACACCGGUUAUACCACGCUUAUCUGUUGUAGAUAGGGCACUUACGUAAGACUGUAUUUCUUCACUAAAUCGAGGCUUCGUGCCUGUAAAACUAGAAAUUUAGUAGAAAUGGAAAAAGACUAACUCCUAGGAGUUGCUUACUCUUUUAUGGUGACCUAGUCACUUUUUUUGUACUAAUCUUCUCUGCGAGAAAUGGUGAUUUUUUUUUUGUUUUGUUUUUUUUGUUUUGUUUUUGUGUUCUGUUCCAAUUACUGUAAAUAAGAAAUAUUGUAUACAGAUGCUUUUUAAAGGAACUGUGUGUGGCUGUAAUAAGCUUAUUCCUUCCUUGCACACGAAAAUACACAAAGGUAUUCAGUACGCAAAUGAAUGACUCUUCAACAAUCAACUGCUCGGUCUUGUUCUCACUGUUAACUGGUUACACAUACACACACUUACACACAAACACACACACACACACACACACACACACACACACACACAAACAGCUCAUUAUUCUGUUGUCACCAGCAUGACCAGUAAAGAUUAUCUGUAUUCACACCACACAAAAUG